GCGGAAAUGGCAGGGAACGUGAGCCUGUAGUUUCCAUGGACACCGUUGAUAGCAGACCGUCGGUAAAAGUUUUGAAAUAGAAAAAGCAUCUUGAAAUUCACGUUUCAGAAUAUCCCAGCUGAUGAAAUGGGGGUAUCACUCACAAAGGCAGCCCAGUGGAGCCGCUCUGGUACUGGCAAAUUGGAGUUCACGCAGAUGAAUGAGUCCUUGUUGAAAGAAAUCCUUUGCUUUGUGGAGCAGUUCGGCUCCCAACACCCAAAGGAGGCAGAGCAUGUGUUUGAGGAGCCGCUCCAAUGGAGUACCACUUUAGUGGCAUCUGAUUUCAAAACAGACUAUGACAUCAGUGACUUAGAUGUACAGUCCCUUGAGAAAGACAGUGAAGGGCAUCCGUUGUUGCAGCUUUCCCCUCCUACUGUUUAUGUACGCAGCUUCUGCCAGCUGUCUAAACUAGUUCGUCUAGCAGAUGAUAAGAAGCUGGAGGAGGUUCGAGCGUGUCUAGAAGAAAACAGAGAUCCUGUGGUUAAGAUUCUUGGUCCCUGCUUUGCUAACAUCUUGGAGAGGGAAGACCCCCAUACCGAUGUGCUGCGUCUGGUAGACGAAGACCAAGCAAAGGCGUCAGAGGUCAAGGUCAAGCUGUUUAACUUGCUUCAAAAUAUGGACAAACAGCUCCUCAGCAAGCUUCUCGAAGACAUAUCAGAACGAGUCAGACUCGACCCCACCGCAGUAAAGAAUGACAUGGAGUUUUUAAAACGGUUCUGCAGUGAAGGGGAAAAUAGGGCGUUGAAGUCGGUCCGAUACACAUCAGAUUAUGAAUUUUCAAAUGGCUGUCGUGCCCCUCUGUGGAGACAGGUGCAUGGUGAGAUUUGUUACCUUGUAAUUGAGCCUUGUGACACUGAGCACCUCUACAUCACCUGCAGCAACUCGGGAGUUUUUCUCAAUGGGGGCAUAAAACGGGAGUGGGAAGAGAGUGGCUACGCGCGAACAAGUGAUAUGUACAAAGACCUGGUAACACUUCUCAAGAGCCAAUCUCCAUAUUUUGCUGAGAAAAUAAACAAGCAGGACUUUGCAGUUCAGGAACUUCCAUCAACAAAAAGGAUCCAGCAUGUGGAAUCGGUUGAUAUGGAGGAACAAGGCCAACCCCAGAGGUCUUACGAGCAACAGGAAAAGAAUGUGCACGACAAGGCGAGACAACAGCAUACGCUGAACAAGGCAGGCGACGAGAAGAAAUAUGAACCAUGUCCGAGAUGGAAGAAUCUUGGUCUCAUGUCUCCGUGUGGUAAAGCAGAGGAAAAGAAAUCUAGAAAGAGCUCUGGAGAGAAGAGGUCUGGUGAAAUACAGCAGAAAAAGCUUGGACCGGGAGCCAAGGGCAAGAUGAAAGCAGAAUUCUCUGUGUCCUCUUUACAAGGACGCCUGUCCUCCCAGAAAAUUAAGACCCCAGCAGAAGCCAUGCCAUUGGAACUUUACAGUGAGAGUUCAUCAGAGAGUCAGGAGGAAGAGGAGCAGUCAGAGCGUCGUCCGGAGAGUAACACAGACCUGCCCUCUGAAUACUGGCAGAUCCAGAAACUGGUCAAGUACCUCAAGGGAGGCGACCAGACAGCCACUGUGCUCACUCUGUGCGCCAUGAUGGACUUUAAUUUGAUGCAGGAGACAAGCCAACUGGCCAUCCGGGAUGUAGGUGGCCUUGAAGUCCUCAUUAACUUGCUGGAUACAGAUGAAGUCAAAUGCAAAAUUGGAUCUCUGAAAAUCCUGAGAAAGAUCAGUAACAAUGUGCAAAUCCGUCGGACCAUUGUUUACAUGGGAGGUCUGCAGAGCAUCGUGAAGAUUCUGGACUCAACAGUCAAGGACCUCAAGGCCUUAGCUGCUGAGACUGUCGCCAACGUGGCCAGGUUCCGCAGGGCAAGGAGAACCGUCAGGCAAUAUGGCGGUAUCAAGAAACUGGUAAAGCUGCUGGACUGUGUGCCUAAUUUAGCUAAUCUGACUGCAAACCAGGAGAAGGAUGUAGAGGUGGCCCGCUGUGGAGCUUUAGCACUGUGGAGCUGCAGCAAGAGUACCAAGAACAAGGAGGCCAUCCGUAAGGCCGGGGGCAUCCCGCUGCUGGGACGAUUACUUAAGUCGCCACAUGAGAACAUGCUUAUACCUGUGGUGGGUACCCUGCAGGAGUGUGCUUCAGAGGAAAACUACAGGAUUGCCAUUCAGACCGAGGGCAUGAUCAAGGAUUUGGUGAAAAACAUAAGCAGUGACAACGAUGAGCUACAAAUGCAUUGUGCCAGUGCAAUCUUCAAGUGUGCAGAGGACAAGCAAACCCGUGACCUUGUACGUAAGUACAAAGGUCUGCAGCCUCUGGUUUCACUGCUAGCCAAGGCGGACAACAAGCAGCUCCUGGCUGCCGCCACCGGGGCCAUCUGGAAAUGUUCCAUCAGCAUGGAGAAUGUUGCUAAGUUUCAGGAGUACAAAGCCCUGGAGACCCUGGUUGGCCUGCUGACUGAUCAGCCUGAAGAGGUAUGGGUAAAUGUAGUGGGAGCCCUUGGAGAAUUUGCCCAGAUACCUGCUAGCAGGGCCACUAUCCGCAAGUGUGGAGGCAUCAAACCACUAGUUAACCUACUCACUGGAACAAACCAGGCGCUGCUUGUGAAUGUAACAAAGGCAGUGGGUGCCUGUGCCACAGACAAGGAUAACAUGGCAAUCAUUGACCAGCUUGAUGGAGUCCGCUUGGUGUGGUCCUUAUUGAAAAACCCCAAUGCAGAUGUUCAGUCCAGUGCUGCGUGGGCACUUUGUCCAUGCAUUGAGAAUGCAAAGGAUGCAGGGGAAAUGGUGCGCUCCCUUGUCGGUGGAUUGGAACUGAUUGUUAAUUUGCUGAAAUCAACAAACAUCGAGGUCCUGGCAAGUAUUUGCGCUGCCAUCGCCAAAAUAGCCAAAGACAAGGAAAAUCUGGCAGUCCUCACUGAUCAUGGGGUUGUCCCAUUGCUGGCCAAGUUGACUAACACAACUGAUGACAGGCUCCGUCACCACCUCGCUGAGGCCAUUGGCCACUGCUGCAUGUGGAGCAGCAACAGGGCGUCCUUCGGUGAAGCUGGGGCCGUGGCCCCCCUGGUGCGCUACCUCAAGUCAAGAGACAGUGAAGUUCACCAGAGCACAGCCAUGGCCCUGUAUCAGCUGUCCAAGGACCCCAACAAUUGUAUCACCAUGCAUGAGAAAGGAGUUGUCAAGCCCCUCAUCCACAUCAUGGGCUCUAAUGACGAGAUGCUCCAGGAAGCUGCUGCUGGCUGUGUGCGCAACAUCCGACUCAUGGCUCUGGCAAAUAGGAAGGCCCGAUUAUUUCAAUGA